AAUUGGGAAUAUUCUUUGUCCUCACCCCGCAGUGUAGCACGCAACUGGAGACGUGAACGGGCUCCUCGCUGAAAGAGGAAAACCCUGGAUGGCUUGAUAACAGAGCGGGAGAGCUUUCCUUUCAUGAAGAAGUAACGGGAGGAGGAAACAAGCCCCUGAAAUAAACAACUUGAAGACGAGAGGAGAAGAGAACGCCACGGCUGAAGGUUUGAGAGGUUCUCUCCUAUUCCCCAAGCAAGAUGAGCUGGAGCUUCCUCACGCGUCUGCUGGAUGAGAUCUCCAAUCACUCCACCUUCGUGGGAAAAAUAUGGCUCACUCUCCUCAUCGUCUUCCGCAUCGUGCUGACGGCGGUCGGGGGCGAGUCGAUCUACUACGAUGAACAGAGUAAAUUUGUGUGUAACACACAGCAACCUGGUUGCGAGAACGUGUGCUACGAUGCGUUUGCGCCGCUCUCGCACAUUCGUUUCUGGGUCUUCCAGGUGAUUAUGAUCACCACCCCCACCAUCAUGUACCUUGGUUUUGCUAUGCACAAGAUCGCCCGAAUGGAGGACGACGACUACCGGCCCCGGAACAGGAGGAGGAUGCCGAUCGUGAGCCGUGGUGCCAACCGGGACUACGAGGAAGCCGAGGACAAUGGGGAGGAGGACCCCAUGAUCCUGGAGGAGAUUGAGCCAGAAAAGGAUAAGGAAGUUGUUGAGAAACCCAGCAAAAAGCACGAUGGACGCCGCCGCAUCAAAAGAGAUGGCCUCAUGAAGGUCUACGUGUUUCAGCUGUUUUCGCGUGCCAUCUUUGAGGUCUCGUUUCUAUUUGGACAAUACAUCCUUUAUGGAUUAGAAGUGGCGCCGUCCUACGUAUGCACUCGCUCGCCCUGCCCGCACACCGUCGAUUGCUUCGUGUCACGUCCCACAGAGAAAACGAUCUUCCUACUCAUCAUGUACGCCGUCAGCGCCUUGUGUCUGCUCUUCACCAUGCUGGAGAUCCUCCACCUCGGCAUUAGUGGCAUUCGCGACUGCUUCUGCGGUCCGCGGUCUCGGCCUCCCACCCCUCGUCACCCAGCUCUGGCCAGCCAGAGGUCGUCCAUCUCCCGCCAGCCCUCUGCGCCUCCGGGCUACCACACGGCUUUAAAGAAGGACCCAACAGGAAAAAUGGGCUUCAGGGACAACCUGGGAGACUCAGGCCGUGAGUCAUUUGGGGAUGAAGCCUCAUCGCGGGAGCUGGAGAGGCUGCGCAGACACUUAAAACUGGCCCAGCAACAUCUGGACCUGGCCUACCAAAAUGAGGAGAACAGCCCGUCACGCAGCAGCAGUCCGGAGUCCAACGGCACCGCAGUCGAGCAGAACAGACUAAAUUUUGCCCAGGAGAAGCAGAGCAGCACAUGUGAUAAAGGUCUCCGUGCGUAGGAUGUCAUCAGCUGAACUCUUUACAACAGCAAGUGCUCGUACAGGAAUCGAAACAGGCGUGUGCGUGCGUGCGUGUAUGUAUGUGUAGUCAUGAUUGUGCUUGAGGUGGAUGAAGUCAGCUCAAGCCUUCCAGUGUUAGGACCGGCCGUGGUCAAGCGUGGAGGAGAACGGUCGUCUCGACCAAGCAAAACUCGAGACACCAGCCUGUCUGUAGAUCCAAAGUGCUUAUUAAUCUACGGUUGAGCAACAAGAACGGUUAAGGUUAACUUCUCCCUCAGGGCAGCUUCUCCUUUUAUUAUAUUUUAUUUGUUGUUCUGAGACUUUGAGCUGUUAGUUUGUUUGUUUUUUAAAAAAAAAAAAAGUUUGUUCUCUGUUGGAAGUUCACAGUGAGUGCAUCUCAAGUUUGCCUUAGAGCUAAACUGGAACGCAUUUUCAUAAGGCCAAGCCAGUUGUAGUGUAAAACAUGUUUAAACUGUAAGAGAUGAAUCUUUUUAUUUUGGGAGGAAGUGAAACGAUGUGUGCCUGUCAAUGCAAAAAAGGUCAAAGUUUAAGGCGCCACUCAUUAAACAAAGGUACUGGAUGUUUGUCAUGCUGAUGAAGACUUUGAGGUGUUCAUACAAAGGUUUCUUUAAAGUGUGUCUCUCUUUUUUUCUCCCCCCCAUCCUCAAUGUUGGUACGGCACCAGUCAGCGUUUGAAACGUCAGCUGGUUCCUGGUACAGUAACUGGAACACACUGGGGGUGCCUUUGUCCAAAGGAAUAAACAAACCUGGGUAAUGCUUGAAAAAAAAAACAUGUAACUCUUGAUAUUGUCUUGUAUUGUUUGAACCUCGUAUUUGAUAUUCUUUAUUUUUGUAUUAGUUUAGAACAUUGUGGUAUUGAAAAAGAGGCUCCCGUUACUGUGGCCGUUAUUAUUUUUUUUCUUUCUUCAAACUCUUACAUUCACGGCUGUCUUGGCUAUCAAAGUAUAAUUCAUUUGAAG